UCGCGCCAGCCCGCGGUUCGACGGGCGCAGGCCUCCGCAGCGCGCCCCCGCCGCUCGGCCAUGGCCCAGGCUACCGUCGUCGGCGAGGUGACCCAGGUGCUGUGCGCGGCCGGGGGCGCCUUGGAGGUGCCGGAGCUGCGGCGUCGCCUGUGGGCGGACGUGGGCCCCGACGCGCUGGAGCGGCUGCUGCGGGAGUGCGGGCGCUUCGUGGUGGUGCGGCGGGCGGACGCGGGCGGCGCGGCGGCGGCCCCCGAGCGCUGGGUGCUGGCCGCCUCGUCGCUGCGCCUGUGCCGCGCGCACCAGGGCCCCAAGCCCGGCUGUGCGGGGCUCUGCGCGCAGCUGCACCUCUGCAAGUUCAUGAUCUACGGCGCCUGCAAAUUCCUGAGGGCCGGGAAGAACUGUAGAAAUAGUCACAGCUUGACGACCGAUCAUAACCUGAGUGUGCUAAGAACUCAUGGCAUUGACCACCUCAACUAUAAUGAGCUGUGCCAACUCUUGUUUCAGAACGACCCCUGGCUUUUGCCAGAAAUCUGCCAACAUUACAACAAAGGAGAUGGACUCCACGGCUCUUGUUCCUUUCAAAAGCAAUGUAUCAAACUCCAUAUCUGCCAGUAUUUUUUACAGGGGGAAUGCAAGUUUGGCACUAGCUGUAAGAGAUCCCAUGAUUUCUCUAAUUCAGAGAAUCUGGAAAAAUUGGAGAAGUUGGGCAUGAGCCCAGACCUGGUGAGCAGGCUGCCUUCCAUUUAUAGAAAUGCACAUGACAUCAAGAAUAAGAGCUCCACCCCCAGCAGAGUGCCCCCUCUUCCUUCUCCAGGACCACAGGGGACCUCUGAAAGAAAAAACAGUUCAGGUCCUACGUCCCCAAAUACUCUUAGCCAGGAGGAGAGUGAUCAGAUCUGCUUGUACCAUAUCCGGAAAAGUUGCAGCUUUCAAGAGAAGUGCAAUAGAGUUCAUUUCCAUUUGCCAUAUAGAUGGCAAUUCUUGGAUGAAGGCAAAUGGAAGGAUUUGGACAAAAUGGAGCUCAUUGAAGAGGCAUAUAGCAAUCCCAGGAAAGAGAGUAUCCUGUUCACCGAGUUGGCCAGUAGUUUUCACUUUUUUCAAUAUGAAAAAUGUCUGGACUUUGUCUCCAUGACAUUUGGUGCUGCCCGGGCUCGCCGCCUCUCCACGGCCUCUUCCGUCACCAAACCCCCACACUUCCUUUUCACCACUGACUGGGUUUGGUACUGGGCCGAUGAGUUUGGUUCUUGGCAGGAAUAUGGAAGACCAGGCACAACACACCCUGUGACCACCAUCAGCAGUAGCGAUGUGGAGAAGGCUUACCUGGCAUACUGCGCACCAGGGUCUGAUGCCCAGGCAGCCACCCUGAAGUUUCAGGCUGGGAAGCACAACUACGAGUUAGACUUCAAAGCCUUCAUUCAGAAAAACCUGGUCUAUGGCACAACUAGAAAGGUUUGCCGUAGACCCAAAUACGUGUCUCCCCAGGAUGUGAAGACCAUGCAAACCUGCAAUGUCAAGUUUCAAGGCCCAAAGAGCAUCCCAGACUAUUGGGACCCCUCAGCUGUGCCAGACCCUGGCUUUAAGAAGAUCACCCUCAGUUCUUCCUCAGAAGAGUAUCGGAAGAUCUGGAACCUCUUUAACAGCACGCUACCUUUCUACUUUGUUCAGAAGAUUGAGCGAGUCCAGAACCUGGCCCUCUGGGAGGUCUAUCAGUGGCAAAAAGGGCAGAUGCAGAAGCAAAAUGGAGGGAAGGUGGUGGACGAGAGGCAGCUGUUCCAUGGCACCAGUGCCAGCUUCGUGGAUGCCAUCUGCCAGCAGAACUUUGACUGGCGGGUCUGUGGCCUUCAUGGCACUUCCUACGGCAAGGGGAGCUACUUUGCCCGUGAUGCUGCGUAUUCCCACCACUACAGCAAAUCUGACACGCAGUCCCACAUGAUGUUCCUGGCACGGGUGCUGGUGGGCGAAUUUGUCAGGGGCAAUGCUUCCUUUGUCCGCCCCCCAGCCAAGGAAGGCCAGAGCAACGUCUUCUAUGACAGCUGCGUGAACAGCGUGUCCGACCCCUCCAUCUUUGUGGUCUUUGAGAAGCACCAGGUCUACCCAGAGUACCUCAUCCAGUAUACCACCUCUGCCAAGGCUUCGGUUGGGCCCUCUGUCCUGCUCGCCUUGGGCUCCUUGUUUGGCAGCCGCCAGUGAGGGGUGCGCAGGGUGAUCUGUGGCCUUCCAGGUUGAUCCUCCCUGAAAUAGCUUUUUGGGAUUGGAUUUUUUUUUUUUUUUUUACAAAAAAACUUUUAAUGAACUGUUUGUUUAAUGUUGACUUCUCAAUGAAGUUACAUCUUAAUCUCUGAUAAUGGUUUUCACUUUUAAGUCACUUUUGGGCUCGCUGGUGGACUAACCAGUAGUGAUUGUUAGGUGAGUCCAUUUUUGCUUUUUAAUAAUGUGUUAAAGUUUUAUUUUUUACUCUCUUUGUUGACUUUGCUCCUCAUUGGCACCAAGCACAGAGUUUCUAGACACAAUUUUAUGGAUUCGUUUUAAUUUUUAAGAGUUUCUAUCUUUGCAAGGACUCAAUUUUUCAGGGUCUCAUGGCAUCUCUUUUAGUUUUUGUUAGGAUGACACAGUAGCCAUUGGGGGAGGACAGCCCAGGUGGGCCUUAGGGCAGCACAGUUACUUCUUUCCGUUGCUCUGGCAUAAUCCAGGCAGCUCUUCAGCUGCUCCUCCUGGUUGGCCUCUGUCACAUUGUCUGAACAGUACUGUGUUGUGCCAUUGAGUCCCUGCUGGUUCCCCUGGUCCUAGCGGGGGUCACCCAUCACUCAGAGAAAGCUCAUCUACCUUAGCAGGUGACGUGGAUGUGUAGCUCCCCUCAAGGACCCCCAGGCUUAGCUGUGAGUCCCCAUAGCUGCUUCUCCUAAAGUUUAGGACCUAAACACACUGGACACCCUCCUAGUGUGGGUUUUAAUGUCCCUGUGAGACUGAAUACCUGUGCCGCAAAUGUCACAAAGAGUAUGGAAAUAAAAGAAUAUUUAUCUGAA